CACAUGAGAGCUUUCUGAGAAGCCUCCUCCCUCUCCAAGAAACCUUGUUCAAUACGUGACUUUCUUCUUCUUCUCCACACCUUCCUCACUUUUCUACUUCACCUUUCAUUUCCGAUUCAUAUAUUUCAGCAUCUAGAGCUCUCUCUCUUUUUCUAAUCCCGGACUCUUUUUGUUCUUUUUCAUCUUUUUUUUUUUUUUUUUUUUUCUUUCUCUUAUGGCCUCCUCUUCUGGUAGCUUAGACACCUCUGCAAAUUCUCAUCCAACCUUCACUUUCUCUACUAAUCCUUUCAUGACAACCUCUUUCUCUGAGCUCUUAGCCUCAUCCGGCACCGAUAACGACCCCACCACCAUUGAAAACGCUCGCCGAGGACUAUCGGAUCGUGUUGAGGAGCGUACUGGUUGGGGUGUCCCCAAAUUCAAGUCUCUUCCACCUCCUUCGCUUCCCAUUUCUCCACCUUUUGUUUCUCCUUCAUCCUACUUUUCCAUCCCUCCUGGGUUAAGCCCAGCUGAACUCCUUGACUCCCCUGUUCUUCUAAAUAGUUCUAGCGUUCUACCAUCUCCAACUACAGGAACAUUUGCAGCUCAGGCUGCCAACUGGAAGAGCAAUUCUGGGAACAACCAGCAGAGUGUGAAACAGGAAGAUAGAAACUACUCGGAUUUCUCUUUCCAAGCCCAAACAGGGCCUCAAACAAGAACAAGCACAUCAUCAUCUAUGUUUCAAUCUUCCAACACCGCAAUUCGAACUGGACAACAACAGGCAUGGAAUAGUUUCCAGGAACCCACCAAGCAAGAAGAUAUUUCCUCAGGAAAAAUUAUGGUUAAAAAUGAAUUCGGUUCUGUCCAGGGUUUCUCUUCUGAAGGUGGUUCAAUCCGGAAUAGCGUCCAGACAAACGGGGGUUUUCAAUCAGAAUAUAACAAUUAUCCCCAGCAGACUCAGACCUUAAGCAAGAGAUCAGACGAUGGCUAUAACUGGAGGAAAUAUGGUCAAAAACAAGUGAAAGGAAGCGAAAAUCCGAGAAGUUAUUACAAGUGUACAUUCCCCAAUUGCCCAACUAAGAAGAAGGUUGAGAGGUCUUUGGAUGGUCAAAUCACUGAGAUAGUCUAUAAAGGUAGCCAUAACCAUCCCAAGCCUCAGUCUACCAGAAGGUCCUCAUCAUCUUCUUGUCAUGCAAUUCAGGCUUCCAAUCCAACUAACUCAGAAAUCCCACAUCACUCUUACAUCACACAGAGUAAUGGACAGACGGAUUCUGCUGCUACACCAGAGAAUUCUUCCAUAUCUAUGGGGGAUGAUGAUUUUGAGCAGAGCUCUCAGAAGAGCAAAUCAGGAGGAGGAGAUGACUUUGAUGAAGAUGAACCAGAUGCCAAAAGAUGGAAAAAGGAGGGUGAAAAUGAAGGUAUUUCUGCACCUGGUAGUAGAACAGUGAGAGAACCCAGAGUCGUAGUUCAAACGACAAGUGAUAUUGAUAUUCUCGAUGAUGGGUACAGGUGGAGAAAAUAUGGCCAGAAAGUAGUCAAGGGAAAUCCAAAUCCAAGGAGUUACUAUAAGUGCACAAGUCCAGGUUGUCCAGUGAGAAAGCACGUUGAGCGAGCUUCUCAUGAUCUUAGAGCCGUGAUUACAACCUAUGAAGGUAAACACAACCAUGAUGUUCCUGCAGCUCGUGGCAGUGGCAGCCAUUCUGUGAAUAGGUCUUUGCCAAACAACAACAAUAACAAUGCAGCUCCGGCGGCGAUAAGGCCUUCGGCUGUUGCUCACCAGAAUGCUAACAUCCAUUCUGCUAGUAACCCUCUUCAGAAUUUUAGGCUACCAGCUUCAGAGGGCCAAGCACCUUUCACUUUGGAGAUGCUUCAGAGCCCUGGGAGUUUUGGGUUUGCAGGUUUUGGGAACUCCAUGAGUUCCUACAUGAACCAGUCACAAAUCACAGACAAUGGGUAUUCAAAAACCAAAGAAGAACCCAGGGACGACAACGUUUUUCUUGAAUCUUUGCUUUGCUGAAAAAUUUGCAUAUAUGAUGCAGAAUCUUGGAAAGGUUUCAGGGAAGGUAUUUGGAAGAAUUAGGGUGAAAAACAAAAUUAAGCAGCUCAGGUUCUCAUUUGAUUUAUUGCAUUUUUCUUUUAUUUGGUGUUGUAUAUGUUUUUUUUGUUUUUUUGUUUUUCCUCUUUUAUUCUACAGGGAUUUGUUUCUGUAUAUUCAAAUGUUGUAUGGUAUACAAGGGGGUUUCCAUAACUUAUUUUUUGAUUGUUUUGAGGCAUUUCUUGGGUACAGAGGAAGAGCCUCAAAUCAAUUUUUUUGUAUCACACAUAUAGUGAUUAUUAUUUUCGGUUGGUUAGUGAAAGUAAAGGGAAAAAGAAGUUUCUAGUA